AUGAUAUCAGGCAACCUCCUCGCCUUCACUAUCGUCGGCGGCUCCCUCUCAGGCCUGAUCAUCGGCUCCGUCAUCAUCUUCUGCUUCGUGAAGGGCUUCCGCGAAGCGCACUGCCUGGACGACGUGCUCCCCGGCGUCGAGCGGCGCGGCAACAGCUACUCGAUGGAAGAGAUCCAGCGCCGCAGCGACCUCGCCCGUUCUCGCCGCGCCGGAAGCGCCGACACCACGACCAAGCGUGGCAGGUCCAGCAAGCCGCGCUCGCGCUCGGCCAGCCUCGCCAGCACCUUGCGCCGCCCCGCUGAGCGCGUCUUGACGAGCCUACAGCAGAAGAGCGCUAAUACGAGUGUUACGCAGCUGGUGGGCUUCCGCAGGCAGAGGUCGGCGGAGGAUGUGAAGAUCAAGGGCCAGCCGUUCUAUUGGGAGGCGAAGGCGAUGAAGGGGAAGAGGAGUGGCUCGGCGCCGCCGUUGAGGUGGUAG